GGCUCCGAAUAAAAUCCAGUCCUCUCCUGACCGCCACCCAUCCUCUCUCCCUGCCCUCACCAGCGCACCAUGUCCAGCCUCGUCGCCCGCGCCCUCCCCAGUGUCGCUCGCCCGGCGUCGACCUCCCUCGCCCUCGUCUCCCGCCGCACACCACACCCCCACCAUGCCCUCCAGAGACGCUUCGAGAGCAUCGACAGCGCCGUCGCCUCCAAGGCCAAGGUCGUCAAGACCCUCCCCGGCUUCUCCAUGGCCAACAAAGUCUGCAUGGUCACCGGUGCCGCCCGUGGCCUCGGCAACGAGUUCUGUCGCGCGUUCGCGCAGUCCGGCUGCACACAGCUCGCCAUCCUCGACCUGAAGGAGGACGAGGCACAGCAGGCGGCCGACGAGCUCGUGAAGGAGUCAUGCGUUGACAGUGAUAUGGACCCGAGUGACUACAACAUCGUUGGCAUUGGCUGCGACGUCUCGUCCGAGAUCAGCGUGCAGCAGGCGUACAGGAGAGUGAUGGACCGGUACGGCCGCAUAGACUCGGUCGUGGCCUCCGCUGGAAUUGUCGAGAACUAUUCCGCAUUCGAUUACCCCUUCGACCGGAUAAAGCGCCUGUAUGAUAUCAACGUGCACGGCGCGUUUUUCACCGCGCGGGAAGCUGCGCGCCACAUGAUACCCCAGGGAGGAGGCAGCAUCGUCCUCGUCGCGUCCAUGUCUGCGAACAUCGUGAACAUUCCCCAGCCGCAGACGCCAUACAACGCGGCAAAGGCCGCUGUGAAGCACAUGGCUGCUUCUCUUGCGGUGGAGUGGGCAAAGAAGGGAGUCCGCGUCAACUGCCUCAGCCCCGGCUACAUGCUCACCAAGCUCACCAAGACGAUUCUCGCGCACGAUACGGAGCUUAAGGUGUGUGGGGUGAUGUACAACCUAUACUCAGAGGCUGACUGUGCUUCUGUAGAAAACGUGGGAGAGCCUGACACCAAUGGGUCGCAUGGGAGACCCAGAGGACUUGGCUGGCGCUGUUGUCUUCCUGUCGUCCGAUGCGUCCCGCUUCAUGACGGGCUCCGAGAUCCGUGUCGACGGCGGUUACUGCAUCAUCUAAGCGGCACGGUGCUGGCGCUCCGGGCCACCGCACUGGGGAUGAGAAAUAGAACUAACUUACAUACUCCAUACCUCUCUCGGACUCAUCGUCUCGCUCCAUCUACCAAUACAGUUACGGCCUACAUCACACCUAUACUUUGUUUACUACGGGUCUGCACCUGCCGGGUCUAUGAUACGCCAUUGGUACGGCGUGUUCUGUGGUAAUGAAGUAGUAGUAUAGAGAGAGAACGUUACUGGCGUCACUGCUCGGGUGGUGAACGCGCGGCUGGUGCACAAGUGUGCCCGCAUGUCGCGCCGAUUUCCCCGCGUCAAGGAGGAACGUGCAUGCUCGCUAACGUCGCGAAUACCGGAUGGUGUGUUCCGAGUGUCUUCCAAUGUCGCUUAGGCCACGAAGCUGAUGCGAACCCCCGCACUGGCUGCGCUCCGG